ACACCGCGUAGCAGACGACAAGUGCUCGUAGCAUUGCCUCAGAGAUGGCCCGCGCGGCACUGCUACGACCAUCUUUGAGGGAUAAAAAAAAGAAAAGAAAAAGAAAACACAGCGCAACCAGUUAUUGCGUAACACGAUUCUUCCAAAACUCACAAUAACUUGUUGUUACGGGUGCCAGCGCGGUUUUCAAGCGCACGUCAGCUUCAAACAGAAACAGAAACUGUUUUUGUUAUCAUCAUCAUUUUUAUUAAUCUCUUUAUUCGGAAGGAGCGCCCGUCGUCCGCUAAUACGCUAGGUCGCCGUUUGCUUCGUUUCUCCGUCUCGUCCGCACGUGUACUUUUGUCGUGGCUCAUAUUUCGCGCAACCUUGGCGGUUUUGUGAGGAAAGCUUCAUGAGACAACAGCCAAGCAACAGCCGCCGCGUUAUACGAGUACAGUAACGCGUCGCAAGAAGUUUUUUUCGGAGGCUGCUAUUAAAGGCAGGUUUCUUGCCCACGUUUGCAAUGGGCAUCGAAUCUGAAGAGUCAAAGUCCACGACUCCACGUGCAUUCUACCGUUGGAACGGAGGCCUCCUGUUUGCCAAGGCGAACUUCUUCUUCCUUUAUGGAUCAUCUGCUAUAAUUCUUCCUGCCCUGUCAGUGUACGGGCACGAACUGGGACUCAAUGCUGCCUCCGUGGGUGUGGUGUUGACUGUGGUUCCUUUCGUUGUGUUCCUCGUUCGACCACUCAUUGCAAGCAUCUCAGACAGACUACAGAAGAUUACACUGGUGCUUGUCGCCAUCAUUGUGUUUGAAGCCAUUUCCCUUUUGCUCAUCAGUUCGGUGCCUCCUUUGAAAACUUCGAGUGAGCAAGAUGCCGGACUGAGCUUACAGCUGAACUUAACUACCUCAAAUGCCACGGGUUCACUGUUGGGAAUUGAGAGCGAAUCUUGCGUGGCCGACCACUUUAAGAACUCAAGUGUUCACUGUUUCCUUACAUGCCCUUGCCAAAGAGGCAACCACACUUCAGGUGAUAAUGCAAGUGAGCCAUGUAGACUGCAUCGCAACGUAGGUCUACAGCCUGUGCCUGCAAAACUGCCCAGUGAGUUUUAUCUUGUCAACAAUGAAAGUGAGUCACUGCAGAGUGCAGGUUUCGACCUCGAGGAAACUGUUGUGAUGUGUAGUGCAAACUGUUCAGUAGAUCUCUCAUCAUGCCAAGAGAAAGCUGCAGACUCUGCCGCCACCUCCGAAGACAUGCACUCACUGCAGUUUUGGCUCUUCCUUCUGCUCACAUGUCUCAUCCGUAUCGCCAUCUCAAGUGCUUUCUCACUGUCCGACACUGCCUGCUUCCAGCAGCUCGGCGACAAACCACAGGACUAUGGCCUACAGCGGCUCUGGGGUACCAUCGGCUGGGGCAUCAUGGCACCCCUGAGUGGAUUGCUUAUUGACUUUGUCAAUGCUCGGCUCGGCUACAAAAGCUUUGUGCCCGGCUUUUACAUGGCGGUAGGGCUGAUGGCGAUACAGUGCGUGGUUGGCUUCAAUUGGUGGCUGGGGCCUUCUAAGUCCAACCAGAGCAUCCUCCGUAACGUCGGUAGCCUGCUCAGGAAGCCGAGGCACCUGUGCUUCCUCCUGGACAUCUUUGUGGUGGGAAGCUGCAGCAGCAUCCACUGGUACUACAUCUACUGGUACCUCCAGGACUUGCAUGCCAGCAAGCUGCUCAUGGGGCUUACCCUAGCGACGCAGAGCUUCUUAGGGGACCUUCCAUUCAUGUUCCUCUCGGGCUGGCUCAUAAGCAAGCUGCAACACAUCAAUGUGGUGCGGCUGGCCUUCCUGGGCUUCUUCUUGAAGUUCCUGGGCUACUCGUUCUUGCGGGACCCCUGGUGGGCCAUUGCCAUUGAGCUACUGCAGGGCCCCACGUACGGCUCAUUCUACGUGGCCAUGACCUCGUACGCACGCAGCAUCUCCGUGCCCGGCACAGAGGCCACCUUCCUCAGCAUCAUCCAGGGGGUCUUUGACUGCUUGGGCAUAGCAGCUGGAUCUUGUUUGGGUGGCCUGGGUUUAAGCUACUUCGGUGCCAGGAAGACCUACUUCAUUGCGAGUUUUGUGCCUCUGGUGUGGCUGGUGCUGACAAUUCUGAUUGGUCACCUCAUCACACGCUGUAGCAGCAGUGAGCAGGACAAGGGGGUUGUUGAAGUGCCCAUGGAAUCUGCCCAGCCUUUUAUGUCUAGCAAAAGCAACAGAAAAGACUACUCGGAUCAGCAGGCCGCAGAACAGCUUUGAACAAGGUAGCGGUGCAAUAGCUCGGAAGAGCAAGCUGCUCGAUCUCACACAGUGUGCUGGUACCACGAGCUGUGUCACACUGUUAGCACCAUUCUACAUUGCAAAUCGUGUCAUACCAAGCCGAGCUUCAAGCGAGGCUUUCACUGUCUGUUUCCAAUUCCAUUGCUUGUUACGUUGUUACGUUAAUUCCAUUGCUUGUUACAAUGCAGGAAGCCAGUGGCUCAACGUUGGCCUGCUAGAUGAGCAUGUUGCUGCUGCAACCACAUGCUGAAAUGUUUCUUUAUAGCCACGAAUAGUGCUUUAUACAUUACAUAUAUAUAUAAUUUUUUUUUCCCUGUAUAACUCGUGCUGAGAAGUCAUGUUUUAUUUCUUGCACUGAUGGAAGCGUUGCUGUUAAGGGGAUACUAAAGAAAAAUAUUAAGUUGAGUUAAUGCGAUAGCUUAUCUCUGUUUUAUCGUUUUCUGGGCGCCAAUAAAGGACUUAGUUGCGUAGAAAACUUUCAACGAAUGUCCUGCUGCCGCUCCUCAAUUUGAAUCGCCCGCACCGAUACUGAGGCCACUACAUAAUCUCCACCUCUCCACCUCCGCCGCUAUCUGUGAAUCAGCCACUCCUCUCUCAAAUCACAUUGGCAGCAUUUCUAGAACCGCCCGCCUCCGGCCUCAGCUCCAACUUCCAGCUAGCGGUCUGUCGCAGUUGCCCAGUGCCCUGACGUCGCACAACGCAUCACACGAAAGAAGUAACAUACUCCACGAGAUGUGGCGCCACUCUGAUUUUUCAUUUUCAUAAUUUUUCUCACUCACAAGAGCUUUGUUCUCACUACGAGUUACGAAUUUGUUAUUACAGAAGCUUAAUGUUUCAAUCUAGCUCGAUUUAAUAUUUCCCUUUAGUGUGCCUUUAAGUAAGCAGUUUAAGAAGCUCUAUAUGCUCUAUCUACUAUGGUGAAGUGGAUGUCAGCCGUGUGCCACAAAAUGCCUUCCGCAAGGAGUUGUGCCGAGUGCCAGUAGCAAAUUGAAUUAUGUGACAUACUGUGAAGUAUUAUACCUAGCAUUGAACAAAUUGCACAUUUCAUUUGUGAGAAGCUGGUGUGCCCAAUGAGAACAAGUGACACAUUUUGGGUUGGGAAAUUUGUGUUCCUCAGAGAUUCUGUGUAAUGCUGAUGAGCAAUACAACUUGAUACUCCCACAUUAACAAUGAUACAAUAGUGUCAAUUUGCUCUUUACUGCCCCUCAAAGCAAACACACCUUAUUUGCAAGGACAUAACAUGAACAUGCAUAUAUAAAGAAAGUAGGAAAUUUUGAUAAACUUGAAAAUAAAAUGUGAGAAUUACGAAUAUUUCAAUUGUAAGGUGAAUUAAAGAUGCGUAAGAGUUGUGCCGAUAUUCUAGUUGACAUUAAAGGGAUACGGACACAAAAGUUGACGAGUGGUUUUUUGCAUCAGAACAAACAUUGAACUGUUGAAAAUGAUGAAUACAACAAGCUGCUUUUAAAAAAGAACGAGAAACAAAGAAACGAGAAACAACGCCUAAAGCCUGACGCUGUGUCAUCGGUCUUCUCACGAAAACGCAAAGCAGAAAUGAUCAGCGGCGCGUUUGAAGAGAGGAGGCAAAAAGAUGUCAGUACUGUUUUUGUUCACUUGCAGCCUUCUUGUGCAAUGUGAGGGCGAGGCUGGGGCGAGAUGCCCGAGGCUGGGCACAAAGGCAGUAAUGUCUUUUAAAAUGUUGGCAAAGCAUAGUAAUACAAUAAGCCUAGCGCGCGCGAGCACGACUCACAAGAUCAGUCCUACAUGGCAGCGGGGCAGACACACACACAGCUCAGCUUCUCCACAGGCUAAAAGCGGAAAAAACUGGGGAAAACACCAGACAGGUGUUUCCAUCUGUCGGGUGGCUGGCGAAGUGGACGUGAGAGUCUCGGAGGUACCUCACAGUAGUUGCUCACGCCAACGGCAUAAACUACUAUAUGUGUGCGCUCUUGAAAAAGCAAGUUUACAGAGGAAGUGACAAAUAAUUCUUGCACAAGUGUCCGGUGCAAAGCGAAAUCUUCGCGCUACGGUUCGCGAAAACCUGACCGGCACUUCCAUGGCUGCCUGCUCUUCUUCAUCGCUUGACGCGGAAGGCUUUUAACCGUAAGCGGUAAUAUGUCUUGCCAAGUUGGAAUGGUCCUCGUCUUCAGACGUGUACUCAUCGCUAGUAGAGGCACCAGAACUCGAAUCCAUGCUUGCGAUGGCGGCGUCGGCGCGCUUCCAAUGACUGCAGCCAGCCGGCCGGCUAUCCGAUGAGGGUGUCGUGACGCCAUGCCUUCCAACUCCCGCGGGUUGGGCGGCGAGGCGUGCGCUCUCAAAAACGCCAAAAAUAACGCCAUCGGUUCAAAAAUUAGCUAAGUGACUACUUCUUUUCGGUCUAAUCACACACUGAGGAUUCAAUUUCACCAUUUUCGUAAAAUUUUCAGAUUUUGUGUCCGUAUCCCUUUAAGCGGAAGAAAUAGAGCUGGGCAGGCCAUGUGAUGCGUAGGAUGGAUAACCGGUAGACCAUUAGAGUUACAGAAUGAAUACCAAGAGAAGGGAAGUGCAGUCAAGGACAGCAGAAAACUAGGUAGGGUGAUGAAGUUCGGAAAUUUGCAGGCACAAGUUGGAAUCAGCUAGCGCAAGGCAGGGUAAAUUGGAGAUCACAGGGAGAGGCCUUUGUCCUGCGGUGGACAUAAAUAGGCAGAUGAUGAUGAAGAGUUGUGCUUGUGUUGUCUGGUUGUGUCCAAUUCUUUAAUGUAAUUCCUAAGUACAGCCAAACCUCAUUAUAAUGAAAUCACAUCUGAUGAAAAAAAAUUUUGGAGGAUGCUUAAGCUUCGCCUUAACAGUAGAACGCGGUAGCGUUAUCGGGACCCGUUCGCAUACAGCGAGUAGGUUUCAUUCACUGCAACACUGAACGUGGGAAAGCCAGCUUGCAAAGACCAAGCUUACACCGAUCCCCUUAAAGUCAGCUUCACUUUUAAACUGAAAUGCAUUGCUGGAAAGACGUUUUUCCAGGGGCAAUAUAAGUGGUCUUAUAUUAAAAUGUGAAGGCCCUGGCACCUUUUUUCAUUAUUUUAUUAAUUGUUUGCUAUUGCCCCGACGCGCGCAGGUCUGGUAAAAAUGCUGGAAAAAAAGAUUUGUGUUUGAGUUUCCUCAUAGAAGAAUUAGGUUUUCUCGUACAUUCAAAUUACAAUCUGAUGCCAAUUGGUAAGCAAUCAGACGGUGAAUCCGACGCCGAACGGUAAAGUAGUACUUUACCAUUUUUCUGACGGAUUUCACUGUGAAAAAUUCAAUUUUUGGUCACCAAAACCUUGCACAAUGUGGAGGGCCUGCGCGCGAUCGAUGUGGUUGAAUGAUUUUCUCCACCACCCUCGAUCACACGCCGGUUGCCGAGACGCCGUAUUUUCUGCGACAUGGGGCCCUAAACGCUAUCGUGUUAAAAUAUUUUCGUUAUAUUCAAUAUUCGUGAUAUAGCAUAUAUUCAUUACUUUCUUGAUGUCACUGAGAAAUGUUUGAUUUACUUCAUUAUAUCCAAUAAUUGUAUUCGUGUUUGUUGUAUCAAAGUUCAAAUUUCGACAUAGAUGCAUAUUCUAAGCACGACUGUAUGUGGGCUUGAGAUAGAAUGCCUUAGCAAUUCACAGUUCAAAAUCCAGUACAACAGUACUUGUUUGAGCAAGGCCACCUGUAUUUGUGCACUGGGCUCACAUGAUUGCUUAGCUUGUCAGGGUUAUUGUGAUCAUUAGGGCAAAGCUACAAUGUUCUAACAAGAGUGUGACACACUGCUCCAGGGGUCAGGGGGUCAGAUGUAUUCGCUUGCCAAGCAAGUUGAAUCUGCAAAGACAAGACCAGGUCUUUGAAUCACUUUGCAGUAUUGCCCCCUUUUCCUGCUGCACGUCCACUUCUUUGCAAGCACACUGCCCAACCAAACAUGUGCUUGUACUUUUGUUAUAUGUCCAGAGGUUGGCUACUACACAAAGCUCAGUCACGGUGGCUGGGCUGGCUCCAUGGACGGUGCUUGUUUCAAAAUACUGCAUGCACACGCACACAUGUACACAGUAUGUGCGACAUUUCCUUCUAUGUCAACAGAGAUGUGUGAUGCAUUAGAAAACUGCUAGCCAUUUGCCAAGUUUAUCCGUGAAAUUGUUCCCGACACGUGACACGCAGAGCAAAACACUUGCAUUUAACUGCGUUUCUUUAAAUAAACUCAGUAUCACCUUUCUUGUUUUUACUGUAUGCAUAUGCUUUUGAUGGACAUUUCUUUGAUGUGCUGUACCAUAAGUUUGGCCAUAAAGGAACUGUUAUCAUGUUCAAUUCACGAACAAAAAGAAAUAUGUGUCUAGUUCAUACUUUCUAAAUAAUGUUUUAGUGCAAUGUGUUGAUUUCAUCAACGCAUUGCACAAAAACAUUAGUCAAACAUUAGUCAAAUACCUGGGCGUCACUUUAACUGCGGCAUUGGACUAGACAUCCCACAUGGACAUAACAAGCGCUAAAGCGUGUCGCCUUUUGCACCUUUUCCAAAGGAACUUCAAGUAUGCACGCAAAGCUUUGAAGGAAACUUUGUAUCUUACUAAUAUUAGGCCGGUGUUAAAAUACGCAUGUGCAGCAUGGAACCCCUUCACAAGAGUUCUUGAAGAUAAGUUAGAGCGUGUUCAGAAAAGGGCUGCAAGGUUCGUAACGGGCAUCUACGACUACGAAAUUAGAGGUUUACAAAUCAGGGAAAAUCUGGGGUGGAAGUUGCUGUCCACAUGCAGAAAAAUAAUCAGGUUAAAGCUUUUACCAACAUUAACGGCAGUAACACAGGAAUCGACAAGAACAUAUAUUUAAAACAACCUCAUUAUCAGUCUGAGAGACACGAUAAUUCCAAGAAAUUAAGGCCCUAUCAAAGUUGUAUUAAUGUAUUUAAGUUUUCAUUCUUUCCGCAAACAAUUGCAAAAUGGAAUUUGCUCCCGGAUGAGAUAGUGUCUGCACCUAAUUUUUCAUCUGCCAUAGAGAACUUGAAUCUGUUUUAGACAAUACUUCCAGUGUACCGUUUUAUGCAUUGUGUAACAAAUUUUAUAAUCUGAUGUUUUUGUACUGGAUGUGUUGUCUUCCUCUCUAAUUACGAUGAUUGUAUUUUUGUGCCAUAACUGACAUAAUGUUUUUUGCGAAGUUCCAUAUUUGGCCUUUAUCUUUGUAAUUAACCCCCCUACAAUUAUAUAAUGCCCAUCUCGGGCGCUGUAGGUAUUUGUAAUAAAUAA